GCCGGGAAGAAGCGUUAGGCCGCGGGCCGAGCCGAGCCGGGGGCGCGGGGGACAGGCCCGGCUCAGGGAAGCGGAGGGGGCCGCUGGAGGCCCGGGGCCGCGAUGCCGCUGCUCUUCCUGGAGCGCUUCCCCUGGCCCAGCCUCCGCACCUACACGGGGCUCAGCGCGCUGGGGCUGCUCGGCAGCGUCGUCAGCGCCUACCGCGCCCUCAGCCAGGGCCCCGCCGGCCACUCGGAGCCGCCGCCUGACGGGGACUCUGCGCCCGGAGCCGGGCCCCAGCCCCUGGACAUCGCCUACUACCUGCUGUCUGACAGCCUCUGCGUCUGGGUACUGGUAAAUACUGCCUGCUGUUUCCUGAUGUUGAUUGCUAAACUAAUCCAGUGUGCGGUGUUUGGUCCUCUUCGUGUUAGUGAGAAGCAGCAUCUCAAGGACAAAUUCUGGAAUUUCAUCUUCUACAAGUUUAUCUUUAUUUUUGGUGUGCUGAAUGUUCAGACAGUGGAAGAGGUGGUCAUGUGGUGCCUCUGGUUCUCUGGGCUUGUGUUUCUCCACCUCAUGGUUCAGCUGUGCAAGGAUCGAUUUGAAUAUCUUUCCUUCUCUCCCACCACCCCAAUGAGCAGCCACGUCAGAGUCCUGACUCUGCUGAUUGCCAUGUUACUCUCCUGUUGUGGUCUAGCAGUUAUCUGUGGCGUUAUCGGCUAUACGAAUGGAAUGCACACUCUAGCUUUCAUGGCAGCAGAGUCUCUACUUGUGACGGUGAGAACUGCUCAUGUGAUUUUACGUUACGUAAUUCAUCUCUGGGAUCUCAACCAUGAAGGAACCUGGGAGGGCAAGGGAACGUAUGUGUAUUAUACAGAUUUUGUCAUGGAGCUAACCUUGCUUUCACUGGACCUGAUGCAUCAUAUUCACAUGCUGCUGUUUGGCAAUAUCUGGUUGUCGAUGGCCAGCCUGGUGAUCUUUAUGCAGCUGCGGUAUUUGUUCCAUGAGGUUCAGCGUAGAAUCCGUCGUCACAAGAACUACCUGCGUGUGGUUGGAAACAUGGAAGCUAGGUUUGCAGUUGCAACUCCUGAAGAGCUAGCUGUCAAUAAUGAUGACUGCGCCAUUUGCUGGGACUCCAUGCAGACUGCCCGUAAACUCCCAUGUGGGCACCUCUUCCACAACUCAUGCCUGCGUUCCUGGCUUGAACAGGAUACAUCCUGCCCCACCUGCAGAAUGUCUCUCAAUAUCACUGAUAACCACCGAGUUAGGGAGGACCACCAGAGGGAGAACCUAGAUGAGAACUUGGUACCUGUGGCGGUAGCAGAAGGCAGACCUCGCUUGAACCAGCACAAUCACUUCUUCCACUUUGAUGGCUCCCGUAUCGCUAGCUGGUUGCCCAGUUUUUCAGUGGAAGUGAUGCACACUACUAAUAUCCUGGGGAUUGCGCAAGCGAGCAACUCACAGCUCAAUGCUAUGGCCCAUCAGAUUCAAGAGAUGUUCCCUCAGGUUCCUUACCAUAUAGUUCUACAGGAUCUGCAGCUGACACGCUCAGUAGAAAUAACAACUGACAACAUAUUAGAGGGGCGCAUCCAGGUACCUUUCCCAACACAGCGUCCAGAUAGUGUUAGACCUGCGACAAACAGUCCAGUGGAAAGGCAUAAUUCCGAUCAGGAGGAAGCAGAAACUGCUACCCAGACGGAGAGAGUGCCACUUGAACUCAGUCCGAGACUGGAAGAGAUGGUGGAGUUCAGUGAAAUGGAUGCAGAGCCCAGUGAGACAGAAGAUUUUGAGGCCAGAGGAAGUCGCUUCUCCAAGUCAGCUGAUGAAAGGCAGCGUAUGUUAGUUCAGCGGAAGGAAGACCUGCUGCAGCAAGCUCGCAAGCGUUAUUUAAACAAAACCUCCGAUGAGGACUCCAUCUCCGAGAGCCCCUUCCUGUCCGAGGGUGCUGCCUCUGACCCCGUCACCGUGCGCCGCAGAAUGUUAGCCGCUGCUGCCGAACGGAGACUGCAGCUGCAACAGACCUCUUAGCGCACUCUGCUGCUGCCACCACCGCCGCCUCAUGAGCAAUGUUUAAAUAAAUAAAUAAACCCUGCACUCUUCAUACCAGCAGGAAGUCUCUCUUCCAAGCUCAGCUAGCUGUGCUGAUGAGUGAGCUGGCUGCGUCUCUGCUGUAUAAAGCAUGUGGUCUAAUAGUGUUUGGACAGCUGACAGAUUAACCUUUCGUUUGGUAAUAUUUUCUAUGUGACACUUCUCCCCUUCACAAACAAAUGCCGUUUUUAAAGCUUGGGCGUGAUUUCUGCUGCUAGCAUAAGGUGCAGGCCCGUGGCAGAGGCAAGGGAAAGGCUGCAGCCUAGAUUAACAGCUAUAUGCAUAGGUCACUGAAGGUGCUUGCAUGUUUAGCUUGAGAUCAUCCAAGGGGAGUAUUAGAAGAAAGAAUUGAAGUGUUGAGAUUCACAGUGAACCCCAUCUUAAGUCAGCAGGCAGCCACGGCCAAGUUACUGUACAUAUCAAGAACGAGUUAAAAAUGUUACAUAGGCCUGCUCGGACCUCGAUAAAUGCUGGAAUGUGGGAGCAGGCAGCCCAGCGUGCUGCUGGGAAGCGAAUUCUUAGAGUGGCUGGUCAGAGCUGUCUAGCUACGAAACUGAAAAGUAAAGCAUGGGCUGUACAGUGAGGUGCUAGUUCAUGUUGGUCUCAGUAAAACAAUGUCUUUGACCCUUUCUGAGCUCCUCCUCGCUUCCCAUUUCUAGCUCUGCUCACUCCCUGGAGUUUUUAUUUUUCUAUGCAUUUCAUUGCCAGCGGCAGAUGGGUGGCUGAGAAGAAUAAAGCUAAAAAGGGGUCACAAGGCAAAUAGAUUAGACGUUUGAAAUCAGUGUUACAAUAUGUUGGUGGAAUGUAGUUGAAACCUACAAGUUUGGUCUCUCGAGUGACAUGCAAAGAAGGGUCCAUACACGGAUGGAUCGGACUUUAUUGAAGAGAUGAGUGAUAGCUACAGUAUCUUGCUUUUUAUUUUUUUAACCCUGCAUUGUGUAGUAAUAUACCCAUUAGUUUAAUCGAAUGUACAGACACAAGAAGAAUCAAGGCUGCUGGACUUCAGGUUAGCUGUGAACAAAUGCCCCAACUUUUCUCAAAAAAUUUAAAGACCUUUUGACUUUAGACACAUUUGAAACCUACAAUCCUAGGUUAUAUAGCUCAGUUUUACAUGGCAGUGGCUUAAUUUUAAAUGUUUUGAGGAGUGUCUUCUAGUAUCACUGUCCUUUGGAAGGAGCCCAGUAUUAUCUAGAAUUAUUGGUAAUUUUUUUUUUACUGCCGGUUUUUAGGACAUUUAAGUGAAUUUAAUGAAAGGAUGAAUCGCAGAAAUGUUUUGGUGAAGAUAAUUUAUUUUGAUAAAUCUCUUUGGGAUGCCUUACCUUGCAAUGCUGUUAGUAAACUUUAAAAUAUUUGUGUGUAAGAGAGAUUUGGUUUUGCUCAGAGCACAGCUGUUUGUUUUAUUGUUUAAAAAUAAUUAAAAAAAAAACCCCACCCUUCUUGAUCAGUGUUGGAAAUUGUCCUGAAGUUUCUUUAAUGCAACUUUCCUUAUUCCCAGAGCAUUGCUGUUAUACAGGUAGCCCGGUUUAGGUCUUGUGUAGCAGUUAAAGUACGGUCACCUCCAUUGCUAAAAGGAGAGGGAACAUAUUUGCUCAACUCCAGGCUUUUGGAGAAUUUCUCAUGAUUUCAGCUGUGCAGAAGCUGUUGGUGCUAGAACCCAUGAGUGCUACAAACGUGAAAGUGAUGGAGGAGGAUUAGAGUGUUGUCCAGGGAGGCUGCAUAGAAUGCAGCUUUUGAACCUCAUGUUAGUCUGAGCUCAAUUAAAGGAUAUUUUGUGUUU